CCCCGGAGCAGGUCGUCGCUCUCCUCGGUGCUGAAAUCGCUGCCCGUCGUGAUAAUGUGAACGGCGAUGAGGCCAAACGGAGGGUCCGCCUGUAAAACACCAAAAUGGACGAUGAUCUGUUCCAACUGAGACAGCUUCCCGUUGUCCGCUUCCGUCGCACAGGUGAGAGCACACGCUCCGAGGACGAUGUUGAGAACAGAGAUCAGGUUAUCAAGGUCACAGAGCAGACGGAUCUGGAGUCUGUGGCACUGGCGGACGGAGCUCCAGUGCCUCGAGAGUUUGCCAAUCCCACGGAUGACACGUUCAUGGUAGAAGAUGCCGUGGAGGCGAUUGGCUUUGGGACGUUCCAGUGGAAACUCUCCAUCCUCACUGGCCUGUCCUGGAUGGCUGAUGCUAUGGAGAUGAUGAUCCUCAGCAUCUUGGCUCCUCAGCUGCACUGUGAAUGGAGACUGCCCAGCCUGGAAGUGGCGCUGCUGACAUCGGCUGUGUUCAUUGGGAUGAUGAUCAGCUCGUCUCUUUGGGGGAACAUCUCUGACAAAUACGGAAGAAAGACGGGUCUGAAGAUGAGCGUGCUGUGGACGAUGUUCUACGGCCUGAUGAGCGCCUUUGCUCCAAUUUACGGCUGGAUCCUCGUCCUCCGCGCACUGGUGGGCUUCGGGAUCGGUGGAGCUCCUCAGUCGGUGACGCUGUACGCUGAGUUUCUGCCCAUGAAGUCCAGAGCCACGUGCAUCCUGCUGAUUGAGAUAUUCUGGGCUCUGGGCACCGUGUUCGAGGUCCUCUUGGCCAUCCUGGUGAUGCCCACUCUGGGCUGGCGCUGGCUGCUCGGCCUCUCCACCAUCCCUCUUUUUAUCUUUGCCUUCCUCAGCUUUUGGUUACCAGAAAGCGCUCGCUACGACGUGUUGACGGGGAAUCAGGAGAAAGCUCUUGCCACAUUGAAGCGCAUCGCCACAGACAAUGGAGCACCGAUGCCGCUGGGGAAACUUGUAGCUGCUAAACAGGAGGACCGUGGGAAGAUCAGAGACUUGUUUUCCUCUCACUUCCGCUGGACCACUGUGCUGCUUUGGUUCAUUUGGUUUGCGAAUGCCUUCUCUUACUACGGGCUGGUGCUGCUCACCACAGAGCUGUUUCAGGAGGGAGGGGCGUGUGGAAUGUCCAAAAGUAAUAAGAUGGAGCUCCCCUGCAGUCUGGAGUGUAAAUAUCUGAACUCUGAUGACUACAAGGAUUUACUGUGGACAACCUUAUCUGAAUUCCCAGGACUGCUGGUGACUCUGUGGGCCAUCGAUCGUCUGGGUAGAAGGAAGACCAUGGCGUUGUGUUUCUUCAUCUUCUCCAUGUGCCUCAUUCCUCUCUACGGCUGUGUCGGGAGAGCGUCCAUGACGGUGUUGAUAUUCAUCGCUAGAGCUUUCAUCGCUGGAGGGUUCCAGGCUGCGUACGUCUACACUCCAGAGGUUUACCCAACAGCGACCCGAGCUCUGGGUCUGGGAACCAGCAGCGGGAUGGCCCGAGUUGGAGCGCUCAUCACGCCUUUUGUUGCACAGGUGAUGUUGGAGUCCUCCGUCUACCUGGCUCUCUCCGUCUACUGCUGCUGCUGCCUCCUGGCCGCCAUCGCCUCCUGUGCUCUGCCGAUCGAGACGACGGGUCGGGGUCUUCAGGAGUCUAGCCAACGUGAGUGGGGCCAAGAGAUGGUGGGCCGAACUGCCUCCCAAGGCUCAGAGGGGAUCCCUCAGUCCAGCUCCGGCUCUCAGGGCUGAGUUGAGACCGACGACGUGUGAGACAGAGCUGACUGUGACGAGGAAAAGAGGGAAGGAGGACAGAAAAUGCUUUCUGUGUCCGUCUCCUGUCCUAUGACUCUUCAGUUUAGGCACCACAGUGGCAGCACAAUAGUCUACUGUAUCAUUGCUGUAUUGUUAUAUAGUCUCAAACACCAUCGCUGUCACAAAUUUGCCACUGACUUUCUGCACACGAGGUGUCAGGAAAAACCGAAUUACCUUCACAAGAGCAAGGCUGACAACAUUAAAUGUUGGAGAACAUGCAAAACAUCCUUAGAAGAUUGAGAAUUCAAGAAAGAUGUUUUCUUUCAUUUCUUCAGCUGGAGAAGCAAAACAUACUAAGAGAAGCUUCAUAUGAUUGGAGUUAGCAUCUUCUGUUCAAAGAGCCUUAAAAAUGCCAACCGUCUGCAGUUAGAGACGCCUAGGAAAGCUUCGUCUGUUAACAUCCUGGAAAUACACGCUUAGAAAGAGCGCUAACUCAUGCACAAAAAUAACCUGUUAAAUUAGUCUUACUGCAAACUCAGCUUUAUAAAAAUACGUCAGAGAGACGGACAGUUACUCAUCAUGAAGCCAACAGAUCUUUUAAUAGAAGAGUGAAAGGAAAGCUGCACAAUAAGACACUGACUUAUUCAUAUCCAUGAAACAUCCUCAUUAGACCAUGUGUUUUAUUUCUCGUGUCUGCAUUGUUGCCCAUCAUUACAGUAAAUAUAACUGAGGAGAGGCUGGUGUUCCUCUAGUAAGUAAAAACAGCUUAUGUUUGAUCAUUUCCCCUUGAUCAGGGCGUUUUAUCCACAAUAUAACAUCUGCCAAAGCCUUUAUCAGAGGAGUAGAGGGAUCAUAUAGCAAAAUGACAUUUGAAUGCACACUGUGUGCUGUAUUUAAUAGACAUUAAGGUUGAAAAAAUUGGGGUAUUUUGAUAUGUCCCAGUGACAUGUCUUAAGAUGGAUAAUACUAAAAAGUACCAAAGCUCUAAGUAAACUACUGAUAAAUCAGUGAGAUCCACAAAGAAUUGUGUGCAAACAGCACCAGGAUUUGCACAGAACUACCAUCUGAAAUUUGCACCAUAUCCACAAAAGAGAAUGCACUGAUCAUACGCCAGUGCCAGCAAGUCCACAGAGAUUGUUAGCAAGCAUAUUUUGCACCUGUUUUGCCCCAUCCAUGUGAAAAAUCAAUGAUAAACGUGCAGCGAUAACAGACCUGAUCACACUCUGGUGCCACGGCUGUUGUCCAAAUAUUACAGAAAGCACAUUAUGAAUUUCCCCUCAGGGAUGAAUGAAGUACGACUUUACUUUAAUAUAUCAAAAUGUUUGGGUGUCAGUGACCAACCUGUAAUUUCUACAUACACUGGCUGUGCUGGUACAGCACCAUGGUUUUGCUGUGAUGGAAGUCAAGCGACCUUAUAUGCCGAAGACUGAAGAAGGCUUGAGCAGAGAUAAGAUAAGAUAUACUUUAUUGUCCCAGAGGGGAAAUUUCCCUUGGGCAGUAGUGCAACGUACACAGCUCAAAACAUACACUGACGUGCAAACAUCAAGAAUACUAUGCCAAUAGUUGACAAGUUUGCCUUUUUGGGGUUGAGCUUGUGUUCAUUUCAACAUGAUUCCAUGAUUUUAUUGCUUCCACCAUGGGUCAGUACAUUAGGAAGUCAAAAAGGUAAUGUUUGCUACAAAGGAUGUGUGGUUUUUAUGUGAAAUUCUGUGGUUUUCCAUCUAAAAAAGUUAAGUUCUUCUCAUCAGUGGUGCUGUUGUACCCUCUGACCUCUGAUGACCUUUGGCUUGUGCCACAGGAUGAUAUGUAUCGUUGACAUAGUGAUGAUUAACGAUCAGAGGUCCAUGCAUUGUGUUGUAUUUGGAAGUUGAUUGAAUACUUUGCACGUUUUUCCGGCUGCUUAGAUCGAUCUGCUCUACAUUUUGGUUUGGCAGCAGCCAGCACUGAAAAUAGACCUCCCACAUACCUCCAAUAAAGUGGAGUAGUGUGGUGCUUCUGGGAUGCGCUUUAGCUGGACCAGAGCUUGGGCAGUGGAACUGCAAAGAUUGUCUAGAGAGGGAGCGAUUUGUUUGGCAGUGCAUUUCAGCGGUGGGUUGCGGCACAGCCAUUGCAUGUGGAAAUUGGAGGUUAGUUGUGGCUGAGAAAGAUCAUUUUUAUGAUGCUGAACCUGGGUAAUUCCAUUUCCAAGAUGCAUGGAGGAUGAAGAAAAUCUCCAGCAACACUUGUAGU